AUGCCACAAUUAUUUGAUUAUUUAAAUGGAUUUUAUUUGGAUUGUUAUGAAUGUCAUAGUAAUCGACCUGGUUGUGGUGAAAAACUUGAUUGGAUAUUAAUGCGUUGGAAACGUUGUAUUGCACCAGGUGGAAGUAAAUGUGUUAAAAUAAUCGAACGUUCACCUGAUGGUGAAAUUAAUUAUAUACGUGGUUGUAUUAAUCAAAUUGAAGCUCUUCGACCUGAAAUGCCAACUGUAAGAGAGAAUGGAUGUUGGGCAGCAAGUGAUAAAUAUAUUGGUCUAGCUUAUCGUCCUUGGUACGUUCAAACAGAUGAGCCUGUCUAUUGUUUUUGUGAUGAACGUGAUGGAUGUAAUACAGCUGUACGAUCUCUGAUAAAUUGUGAUCCAUCAGGACAUGAUCCAGUCGAAUGUGCUACUUUACUUGCUGAACGUAGUGUAACUUUAUAUACAAUCGGUUGUGAACCAACAGCUACACCUUAUCGUGAUUUUUUUAUGGCCCUUGCUUUCAAAACCGGUAGUCAAUACAUACCAUUGGCAAAUUGUGGUGAUUUAGCUGCGAUUAUUGUUGGUUCAGCAAAAGAAGAGAUUUCUUUAGAACGACUAAUAGCACAAGUGCAUGAAGAAGUCAUGCAUGAAGCUGUCUUACGUGGUGGUUCAGUAGAUGAAACUGAACUUACUCGUCGUAUACAUGAAGUAAUGCAGGGUGGCGGUGCUAAAGCACGUCGUUUGAAAAUGAAUAAUCACGAUGGAACAACAAGUAUUCCAGCAAUAACACCUAAUGCUGAAUAUCUUUCGACGCUUGGAACAUUAAAAGAAAUUGGAAUAAAGUGGAUAUAUAAAACUAAAACCAUUGCUACUCCUGUUGUUCCAGUACUUGAAGGAUUAUUUGGUUGCGAUACAAAAUUUGCAACAGCAAAUCCUCCAACACCACCUGCAGUCAAAUCAGUGAAAAUAAAAACUAAAAUACCAAAUAUAAACUUAAAAGAUGAUGAAUUACUCGAUAUUAGUCAAACUCGAAGACUCGUCCGUAAAUGUGUUGCUCGUAAUAAACUCAAAUCCACUUAA